GAUUUAAAAACAUCGAUGACAUCGCUGUUUCUCCACUUCUAUCUUCGUCACGCACGCAUCGUCGUCCAUUUUUCCCAAGAAUCGAGAGACGAGACGAAAAUUUGUAAAUGAAAUAGCACAAACUGUGAAAAACCUAUUCAAAAGUGCAUUUUAGUGGCCUUUGUAAUACUGCUCAAAUCCCUGACAAAAGCAAAACGAUACCCGAAGCAAUAGCAAUAUACUACAAAAUAUCUAAACGAGAGCCAACUGGAGUUGAAAAAUAUAAGCGUGAGUGUGCGUGCAAUACAAUAAAAAGUAAAUAAAGCGCGUGUGAAGUGGUGCAGAAAGCGAGUAGCCAGCGGAAAUAGCCAAAAAAGAAGAAAAAAAAACCCCAUCAACGUACACCGACGGACGUGCGGAGAUCCAGGAGAGGACUAAUUCGGACCGAAACCAUUCUCAAGGAAAACAGCAAUCAUAGCGAUGGCCUGCGCAACACUGAAACGCUCCGUGGACUGGGAGUCGAUGAACCAGCGCCCACCGAAGCGCCGGCGCUGCAAUCCAUUUGGCCAAUCUGGUAGCAGCGCCAGUCCAUCGUCCUCCCCAUCGACCCGGGAUCGCGAUGGUCCCAGCACCUCAGCGGGAUUGCCGCACACGCCCAGCAAUCGCUUCGCCAAGGACAACACUGAGCCUAGUCCCUUCAGCGAGGCCUCCUUGGCCAAAAUGUCACCAGAUAAGAUGGCUGAGAACUUGUGCAACGAGAUCAAGAGACUGCACAAGCGCAAGCAGCUGCCCAUAACGGCAGCGGCACUGGAGCGGAUGCAGGAUUCGGAGUCAAGCGGCUCGGAAAUGGGUCCGGAGAGCCCACGUCGCCCGGACAGCCCGCCGAACUUGGCGCUGAUGCGGCACGGCGAGAAGGCUCUGUUCACGUUCAAGCAGGUGCAGCUGAUCUGCGAGAGCAUGCUGAAGGAGCGCGAGAAUCAGCUGCGGGAGCUAUACGAGGGUGUCCUAACCACCAAGCUGGCCGAGCAGUACGACGCCUUUGUGAAGUUCACAUACGAUCAGAUCCAACGUAGCUACGAGGCAGCGCCUAGCUAUCUUUCGUAAGGCUGUGUGAAGAGCUCGAGAGCCUCACAGAACAGAAAUUAAUAAUUGCACUACGAUCUUAUGUGACGGUAGUCUUACCGCAACAACAACAGCCCUCAUUUAAACUAAACAAAUAACAAACAAAAAACAAAACAAAAAACCAACAAACAAAUAAGGAAACUAAAAACAAAGGCAUAAAAACCUAGAAAAAAAUAACAAAAAAAAAAAAAUACAACAUUGAGUUAAAUAUAUAUUUUGAAAUACAUGCAAGAAAACAAAACAAAACAAAAAAAAAAGGAAGCAGUUAUAGUUUACGCCUAGAAUUACAAAUAAUUGUAUCGGCUAGCAGCAGAGAUGAGAAAAUAACUUACCCGCUAGCAUCAUCAGAGAAGCAAAAGCAACCACGAAUGGAGUAAAAGAAUAAUAAUCUUGUUAAAUUUAUGUUUUUUGCAUAACAAAGAUUCUAAAUAAAAUGACAAAUAUCUAUUAUUAAA